GUUGUUUGAACCGGUAGAUUUUUUAAACGUGCUUAUGAAUGGCUCAUUGAUCGAAUGCAAUACUAGAUUAUAUUAAGAGUGUACAUGUACAGUAUGUAUGUGGUUAGUAGGCUAACAUGACACAAACACUUUAAUAAACACAUUGAGUUGUCUAUAAUGGAGGUUUAGGCCAGGAUGCGUGGGAGAAGGACCAAACAACCUCACAAAGGAGUUUUAACCUGGAAGUGAGUGAGUCCGCACUGUCACCACACCAGACAAACAGAAAGCACCGAACACUGGUAGGAGUAACACCACAGAGUAAAAGAAACGGCAAGGGGAUCAGACGGAUAAACACAAACAGCGGUUGAGGUGCUGAGACUAUCGCUGUCUUAGAUAUACUUGGAUUAUUAAUUAACACUGUAUGCAGUCCAUUUUGCAUAAACAGAUUGAGAAGGAUCCAUUUAUUUAUACAUCCAGUUUAUCAAGGUAUGGCGUUCUUGGGAGAAUAUUAAUAAUGUAAUUCAUGCAGAGUACGUGAGUUGGAUACAAAAUAGACGACGCUACCGCUGAAUAGUUUUAAAAAUGGCGGAGCGUUGGGCCGUAGAAAGGCGGCUGUUAACAUAUGCUUUAUUACUGGGGAUACUAGGAUUAGGGUGGGGACUAGAGUUAACAGGAACGGACGGGUCAUAUGCAAUGUACCCUAAAUGGAAUGCUUGUAUAAAUGCAUCAAUUAAAUUUGAAUUUAAAACAAGACAACGAGAUGCAUUGAUAUUUUACACUGACGACGGUGGAAGAUAUGACUUUUUUAAACUAAACCUAACAAAUGGAGCUUUGACAUUGACUCUAAAUAUCGUGGAUGGACAUGAAGGCUUCGUACAGUUAACACUCGGGUCCAAUCUCGGGGACGGUGUCUGGCAUCAGGUCGAGAUUCUCCGCCACCGAAUGGAGACAAUUCUUUAUCUAGAUGGCCAAGAACAAAAACGUCUUGCUUUUGGUUCGGAUUUCAAUUUUGGAAAAUUGGAGACAAACUCCAUGGUUUACUUUGGGGGUCUUCCCCAUUCAUUCUGGGCCAACAUCCAUUCGUUAGCUGAUCCUGCAUCCUAUUUGAAUGACCGUUUUAGUGGCUCAAUACGAAACAUCUUAUAUCGAAAUUGCUCCUGUGAUAUUACUAGGGUCAGUUAUUUGGAUGGCAAGAAUGCCGUGACAGUUCCUAAGGAGGCGUGUGAAGAACGAAAUCCUUGCAAAAAGGGGUGUCUCUGUGUAAGCAAAGAUGAGGGACCAUUCUGUGACUGCUCAGAGCUAGGCUGUGGCAAAUCAGAACUGACCCACUACAGUCUCCCCAUGGAUAUCAUCUUUAUGGACACAGUUAUCAACCCAUCUGGACUUGACGCUCAAGUUAGAGGUGCCCCGAAACAAAUUACGCCUGGUAUAAAGCACCAAGCGAUAAGUCUUGAAGGCAAGAAGUACCAGUUUGUACGUGUGGCUGGUCCUGGACACCGCUAUGAAUGUUUUGGUGACUUAUCUAAAUGUCCAGAAGGCUACACUGUUUCAAUGUGGAUGAAGUUUAAAGAUCCCGGAUACAAAGAAGGGGUUUACAUGUCCAAUGGAGGCCAUACUCCAACCUCGCAUGGUAUUGCCCUUUUAUAUGGUAAUGGCUACAUUGAGUAUCGUUUCCGGAAGCCGGAUGGCACAGAAUGGCGCGCAAGAGCAGACAACAUUUUGCAUGGCCAUUGGUAUCACCUGGCUGCUACGUGGAGUGAUAGGGAUGGAUUGAAAGUGUAUGUAGAUGGUAAAAAGGUUGCUGAAGAUAAUUCUCCUGAGGUACUUGAACCUGGAGCAAUCAAUUUGCAGAAAAAUAAAGAAUUCUUCAUCGGAAGGCCAAACGAUGACAGCCAUACCAGUUACGAUCUUGGAACUAUUGAUGUGGACGAAUUCAACUUUUGGUCAAAACAGAAAACUGAUAGGGAAAUCAGAGAAAUCGGUCCCUUCUUCUGCUACAAUUUGCCAAUGGAUACAAUCGACAGGAAUAGAGUUGACAGAACACCUACAACUGCAGGUUAUGCUGCCAAUGGAAGGCCUAAAGUUGUACCAGCGCAGAUGGAUGGUGGCAUAAAGUUCGACGGGAGGAAUGAUUAUAUAGAUAUGGGCGAUGUCAAAGAUACUUGUCUCGGAGAUUUGGAGCAGUGUGUGUAUGGACUGACAAUAGCUGCAUGGGUGCAAUUCCCAGAUUUAGUGGAUAAAAUGUACAUCAUGGAUUCGGGUAGUAAGGGAUUUAAGAUAUAUUACGACAAUGGAAAUCUAUACGCUGAAGCUACAAGUGGUAUCAAAAGUUGGCGCACAUCCUGGGAUGGAAUAGAAUCAAACAAAUGGUACUAUCUUGAAGUAUCAUGGGAAAACAAUUUUGGACUUUCUAUAAGAGUCGACUUUGAAGAAGUGGCUAGCUCUGGUGAUUUUAAUAUAGUUGAUAUCAGUUCUUCAGAUUCGAAUAUGUACAUUGGGCGAGCAAAUGGUGCUAUGCGCAGGGAGAGAUAUGCUAUUAUGAUUAUGGAUAACCUUAGAAUGUGUUAUGGAGACAUACAGCGACUGAGUGGAUUCGAUCACAUGUUACGAGGAGAGCCCACAAAGCAUUACUUUGACAUGGAAAAGCGAAAUGGAAACCAAUUAAUGCACUCAAAAUACAUGAUCAAUCUCAUCGGAGAGCCAAGGAUUAUCCCAGGUCAUAUUAGUAAUGCACUUGAGUUUGAUAGCGAAGCAAUCCAAUAUGCAAGUCUGGGUGAUCAUCCAAAUUCAUGUUUUGGUAAUCUUGAUCUUUGCCCAUAUGGAGUUCUAUUUGCAACAUGGAUAAAACCCGGAGAAUUUCAGGAUGAUGAACAAUACUUUAGCACCGGACGAAAUGGCUUAACCAUAGAAUAUAAAGACAAUAAAGUAUGUGGAACCUUUACUACCUCAACAAGAAAAUGGGUCCUUUGUACAGACAAAGUCAAAGAAGACCAAUGGCAGUUCUUGGAAUAUUCCUGGCAUCCUACUAGAGGCUUAAAACUUUACAAAGAUAAUGAACUGAUAGAAUCUACAACGGGUUAUCAGUUACAUGACAACGGUGGUACCUUUAAUUACAGGCCAGACCUCGAUCAAAUCUACUUUGGUAGAAGCAAUAAAGACAUCAAUAUAUACCCAACUGCAAAUGCUACCAUAGAUGAUACAGAAUUCUGGUAUGCUGACAGAGAAUAUUUGAUUGCUCAUGGAUACAUAACACGGGAGAAACCUAUUAGGUACUACUUCUCUAUGGAUGAAAUUAGACAGCAACGACUUGUUCACCCAUCCCUCAACCUCCCUUUGUCUGGAACCCCAUUUACCGUACCAGGGAAAAUGGACAAUGCCCUACGAUUAAACGGCUAUGGACAAUCAGUGGACGUAGGGGAACAUCCAGAAACAUGCUUGGGGAACCUGGAGAACAGCAGGCACGGAAUGUCAGUGGUUAUGUGGCUUAACUUUCAUAGUAUGCAGGAUAACGCAUAUGUGUUCUCUACUGGCCAUAAUGGGAUGAAGAUUUUCACUAAAGAUGGUGAUCUUAAAUCAACUGUUAACCAGCCUGGAAAGCAAUGGGAUGUGUCUACAAGAUUAGAUACUAACAAUUGGUAUUACAUCGAGGUCUCCUGGCACGACAAGAAAGGUUUGAAGAUGUACGUGGAUUCCACUCUUGUUGACAGUGAUAGGGGACGGGAUGUAAGGGAUACAGCUGGUCGUUUUUUCAACAACAGGGCAUACAUUGGGCGGGCCAAUACCGGUGACGUCGAUGAGAGAUUUAAAUAUGCUGACAUUAUCAUCGAUGAAGUUGAAAUAUUCUGUGCUGAAAGAGAUUAUCUUAUAGCUCAUGGGUUUAUUGUUAGACCACCUAUAAGCCAUUCCAUGGUCUCUUUCGAAAAGAGGCGAGGAAGACAAGUUUUAAACCCCCAUCUGUUUAUACAGCUCCACAACGGGGCAAUGCUUAGAAAGGGACACACAGGAAAUGCAUUGGACCUUAACGGGGCUAACCAAUAUGCAGAUUUAGGUAAUCUCAGAUCCUCCUGCUCUGGGAAUCUAGACUUGUGCAGACAUGGCUUAAUGAUUACAUUCUUGACUAAACCUAGGACACUUGAAGAUGGUAUGGUAUUCCUUAAUGGGGGAUCAUACUCCAUGUAUUACAUGAAUGGCAAAACACAUGUGAAAUUUUGGACUCCACAGAAAACAUGGACAGUUUCAACUGACAGAAUAAGACCAGAUGAAUGGAGUCUGGUUGACCUCUCUUGGCACCCAGAGAAAGGAUUAGUCAUGUACGUGAACGAAGCAGAGGUUGCUAGAAGCAAUACCUUCACUUCGACAUCCUCCCGGCAAAAGUACGACUAUACGACGUAUAUUGGAAGGAGCCCAGAUAUGACAAGGGGGCGCUAUUUCAAUGGAAUGACAGAUGAACUGGAAAUAUGGCAUGCUAAUAAAGACGUCUUAACUUCAUUUGGGAUGCUGGAUAGAGGUGUUGUGGACCAUGAAGUGUUCAACAUGGAUGGAAUACAGGGCGACCAGCUGACGGACACUGGAAGAAGAGUUGUAUACGUGCAUGGUACACCUACAGUCAUAGAGGGGGUUUUUGACGGAGCGAUCAAAUUCGAUGGAGUAGAUGAUUACGUCAAUUUAGGCCAAAAUCUGACAUGUCAUGGAGAUUUACAAAGAUGUAUAAGGGGAUUCACAAUGAAUUUUAGAAUUAAACCAUUUCAGUUGACUAAUAAUAUGUAUGUUUUUUCAAGUGAUGCUAUAAAUGUAUACUUCCAAGGAGGAAAACUCCACGGUCGUUUCCAAACACCAAAUAAGGUUUGGAGCAUUUCCAAAGAAAUUGACGUAAAUAAAUGGAGCCAGGUACAGUUUACAUGGAACAAGCAAGAUGGCGCCCAGAUGUUCAUAGAUGGCAUACAAGUGGACGAGGCCACUACGAGUACUCCACGUGAAACACGUGUAGAUCGAACCACACCAUUUUACAUUGGUCGAUCAUCUCAGGGCAGGGAAGGUGAGAAGUAUCUGCAUGGAGUAAUAGAUGAUGUGCAAUUCUGGAAUGCUAAAAGGGAUAUCUUGAUAGCCCUUGGCUUGAUUUACGAUGAACUUACCACAAUAUCACCGACGACAUCAUCCACUCUUCCAACAAGAGUGACAGAUGCAGUGAUCGUAGUUCCACCGAACUGGCCUCCCAGAUGGCCAAACGACAAUAAAUACUAUGUGUUUCGUGACAGAGUUUGGGUCGAUAUAGAUACUACAAGACUACCACUUAAGCCUGAUAAUGUUAAAGAAAGGUUCGAGUUAAAGUUUAGAACAACUACUCCUGAUGGUCUCAUAUGGUACACAGGAAAUGAUGAGGAUAACAUGCAUCUAAAUCUAAAGGAUGGAAAGCUGAUCUUGAAUACUCAGUUUGACUAUAAUAACAAUAGAGGUACAUUCAGAUCAACCCUUGAAGGGGGAACAUAUGCUGACAAUGACUGGCAUAAUGUCGUCAUAGAGAGAGAUGGAACGCAGAUAACGAUGUACGUAGAUGAUCGGAAACAUUUCACCAGAAAUCUAGGCGUUGAUUUUAACUUUAUCAACAAUGACGGGAAUAUUUACUUUGCUGGGAGUCCAAAUCCUCGUACAAUCACAAGGAAUACUAUUGAUCGAAAUUUUGUCGGGGACAUUAAGGAGAUUGUUAUAACUGGAGAUGAUAUGAAUAACAAUAGGAUCAGCCUUCCCGACAUUGUGAAUGAUCCAAAUCCAAAAUCAUAUGUCACAAGAUACGGGCAAAUAGAUGAAGGCUAUAUCACAACCACACCUGCUCCAACAACUACCACUACCCCUACCCCAGCCCCUGAAAAUCCUCCAGUCACUAUCCUGAGAAAUCAGGAUUUUAUCCGUUUGAAUAGAUGGGAUGCACUCAAAAAGGGUGAUAUAUCGUUCAAAUUCCGUACAACUGAUCCACAAGGUGUACUGUUCUUUAAUGGCGGAAGUCCAGGGGUUUCUGACUUUGUAGCUGCCGAACUUUACGAUGGGAAGUUAUACUUCCUCAUUGACUUGGGCGAUGGCGCUAACAGGACGUUGGUAUCUGACAUACAAGUUGAUGAUGGUCGUUGGCACACAUUCCACGUAAGCCGCGAUGAAAGGGUUGUUGACCUCACACUAGAUAGAGACAGAAAGCGUGUUAACAUUCAGGGAUCUAAAGUCGACCUUCAUCUCGGGACACAAUUCUAUCUGGGAGGUAUACAAGAUCGAAUCAAACGCCCGUGGCAAUUAUGGUCAAAAGAUGGAUUUGUAGGUUGUAUUGAUGACUUGAGAAUAAAUAACCAGGUAACUGAAGUUGAUCUAGGAUCGUAUGCUAGAGAUCAAGGUAUGGUGCACAUAACGACUAGCUGUAGAACCAUGCCUAACCCUUGUGAAAGAUCACCAUGUGCGAAUGGAAGAUGUAUAAAUAGAUGGAAUCAAUAUGAAUGUGACUGCUAUGGAACACAAUUCUAUGGGCCACUUUGUCAAAACUUUGGAAAAAUAAAUAACUUCGAUGGGGUCAACUACAUAAGAUAUCCAUUCCCUGACUCACGAUGCGUGGACGUUAAUGACAUUACACUUCGGUUUAAGACCUCCAGGCCCGAUGGAAGUCUCUUUAUAACAGAAGGAGAUGCCUCGCCAGCUUAUAUCAAAGCAGCUCUUGUUGAUGGUAGUAUAGUUGUUUCUACCAAUCUUGGCACAAGACCAUUGGAGUGGACUCUCGGGAGAAGGGCUUGGAAUGACAAUAACUGGCAUACCUUAGGUAUUCGACGACGCGUGAACUACAUGGAGGCUUGGGUAGACUCUAGACGGUACCUCAAAUCAGGAUACCUGGAUGGCCAAGAUUUCUGUCUCGAUAUUGACACAAUUUAUGUGGCUUCAUUUCCAAAAGAUCGAUUAAGUACAAACUGGUAUGGUGGUAUGCAGAACAUUUAUGUUAAUCACCAUAUCAAUGUAGACCCGGGAACACAACCUACAAUAGCACCAACCUCUGAACCCAAACCAGUCAUCAUCACAAACCCAGUGACCUUUGACACCAAACCGGCUCAUGUGACCCUCCGAGGUAUAGACCUCACAAGACCCGAGGAUACUGACAUUGCAUUCAAUUUCCGAACGCGGGAGCCAGAUGGAAUACUCUUCUACCAGGGCAGUCAAACUGGAACUGAUUUUGUUGUGAUAGAAUUAGUAGAUGGUAAACUAUUCUAUAGAGUUAAUAAUGGAUAUGGCCCUAUUUCUAUCGAGGGGAAACCCGUAUACAGGCUUGAUGACAACCGGUGGCAUUAUGUAAGAGUAACAAGGCCGAAUGCAAGAACACAUAACCUUCAAGUGGACGAAACAAACAACAAAGGAACGAUACGUCAGAGUAAUGAGCCCAUAGACCUUACUACAUCUGAUACAAUCUUCAUAGGUGGGCUAUCGUCCAACAUGUACAACAGUCUGAACAGAGAGAUUAUAUCUCGAGAGGGCUACAAGGGUUGCGUAGCAAGCACCUUCUUGAAUAAUCAGCCGAGAAAUCUGCGAACAGAUGCCAUCACAAAGAGUGGACGAAUUGAAGAUAGAUGCGGGGAUCCUCUACAGCCAGAGAUCAUCCGUCCGGUCACAUUUGGAACUGCAGAUUCGUAUGUUACGGUCCCAGGGUUGGAUAUGACGAGAUCUGCUGAAACGGAUAUCUCAUUCUCCAUCAAAACUGACGAUAGAGAUGGAGUAAUACUGUAUAACGGUGGCGUCGGAGACAAUUUCUUUGUUGUUGAACUUGUAGACGGCCAUGUAGUUUAUCGAUUUGACAACGGAGAUGGACCUGUCUCUGUGAGAGCGAAUACACCUGCACCUAUCAAUGAUAAUGAAUGGCACCAUGUUAGAAUAUACAGACCUAAUGAAUUACAGCAUAUCUUAAUAGUAGAUGAUAAUUCAGGUUACGUUAGUGCCAAAAACAGAAACCCUAUACGACUGAAUGGGAAUCUCUUCAUUGGUGGAGGAUCUUCUCGUGUUAUAAGUGGUCUUUCCAGUAGCGUUCAAUCUUCAAGUGGAAUAACAGGAUGCAUUGCAUCAGUUGAUUUCAAUGGACGACGGCCAGACAUUAUUAAUGACGCCAUUAGGAAACAAGGGAGCGUUGAAAAUGGUUGCAGAAGAGUUGUAGUUGUUUUACCAACGGACACAGGUCCAACUGAUCCCACAUCAACCGAAGCUCCAUCAGUAGUAAGAGCAAUCACUUUUCCCUCACAAGAAUCGCAUCUUACCCUUGAUGGCUUUGACUUUAAUCGCCAACCAAGGGCUGAAGUCUCAUUCAUGUUCAAAACAAUGGAACCAGACGGCCUAAUAAUGUACAAUGGGGGACCCGGAGCUGACUUCGUGGCAGUCGAGCUUGUGAAUGGCUUCUUGGAAUACCACUUUGAUGAGGGAAACGGUGCUAUUUCAAAGACAAUAGCCACUGCACAAACCCUGGAUGACAACGAGUGGCACUUUGUUAGCAUCUCUAGACCAAAUAGAAAUGAACACCUGGUAACACUUGAUGGUCGAUCGUCGCGAGUCCAAGGCAAACGUGGAGGAAAUGGUUUCAAUUUAGACAAGGUCGUUUAUCUUGGAGGUGUCCCGUUGGCUAUGUAUGAUGAUCUAUCAAGGAGUGUCACUUCUGUCCAGGGAUUCAAAGGGUGUCUCGGUUCUGUUGAUGUCAAUGGUAGAAAGCCAGAUCUUAUAAGAGAAGCAACAUUCAAAUCGGCUGAUAUCACGGACGGGUGCAAUGAUUUAUUCAGACCCGUCUCCUUCAAGGAGCAAGGAGCAUAUCUCUCAUUGGAAACGCAGGAAUUCAGUCAGCCACAACCUGGUAAUGUGGCAAUAGCUUUCAAGACAAUGGAGCCCGAUGGUUUAAUGAUAUACAACGGUCCCGCACCUUCUGGAACCAACAGAAGCAGGCGUCAGUCAUCAGAGGACGGACGUCGUUCAAGGCAGUCGGGUAGUUCAAGUUUCAUGGCAGUUGAAAUGAAGGGUGGCUAUGUGUACUACUCCUUUCACAAUGGAUAUGCCCCAAUUACAGUUCCAGCAAAUACGGGCAGAAAAUUGGACGAUAACAAAUGGCAUUUUAUGGUUAUUAAUCGUCCAUCACAAACUAACUAUGUGUUCCUCAUCGAUAACUCCCCUACUCAGGUGAACUGUAGAGCGGGUAGCAAUUUGUUUGAUAUCCAGAGUGAUAUGUACCUCGGAGGUGUGCCUGAGGAUUCGUACAGUAAUUUACCAUCUAACGUGCAAUCUGAUAGUGGAUUCAUGGGAUGUUUGGCCUCAAUAGACUUGGGUGGACAAAUACCAGAUCCAAUUCCAGAUGCUAAACAGAUAUUUGGACCCGUUGUUUCUGGAUGUGGAGAUGUGUUCCAUCCAGUUACCUUCUUAGGACCCCCAGCGUUUGCUGCUCUACCCUCGUUGGACCUUGGUGACCCAAGCAACAUGGGAAUAUCAUUUGCUUUUAAGACUAAGGUCAAGAAUGGUCUCCUACUCUACAAUGGAGGUAGAAAUGGCAACACCGAUUUCAUUGCAUUGGAGCUAGUAAAUGGUCUAUUACAUUAUGCAUUCAACACUGAAAACACACCAUCGUUGUAUACAGCAAAUAUUAGAAACCUGGAUGAUAACAACUGGCAUUUUGUCAAAUUGUCUAGCCAAGGAUCGGGAAAUGUACAUUAUCUUAAAGUGGAUGAUCAAAUAACCCAAAUUUUUGGUCAACCAAGAUUUGACCUGGGAGGUAGAUUAUAUCUUGGGGGUGUACCUGAAGACACAUUUAAAGAUCUUCCUAGUCUGUUGUCUUCUAAAGCAUCAAAACGAGGCUAUAUGGGCUGUAUGUCGUCUGUUGAUCUAAAUGGAAGACUACCCAACCUGAUGCUGGAUUCGCUUGUGAAACGAAAUGAUGUACAGAAGGGAUGUACCGAUGCACUCACUGUGUGCCACCCUGAGUUGUGCCAGAAUGGUGGCAUUUGUGUCAGCACUGGCUUUGACUCCUACUACUGUGACUGCAACAUGACAUCUUAUGUUGGCAAGACUUGUAAAACAGAGGCCAAUGGAUUCCGUUAUGGAUUUGAUAAUGGCGAAGGUCCAGGAAUAAUUGUCCACGAUCUCAGGCCGCCAAGUAAUUAUGACAUUGACAAAUUGGCAUUUGGGUUCAUGACAUGGUACCCAACUGGUACUCUCAUUCGGGUCGAAAGCAGCAAGAACAAGGGGGAAUAUAUUAUCGCAAAGCUGGAUAAUGGAAAGAUAGUUCUGGAAUACAAUGUUGAUGGAACAGUGCAUAGAUUGGUAGAAGGGAGGAAGAGGUUUGACGAUGGUAACUACCAUGUGGUUAGGUUCGUCAGGACCAAUAAUAACGCAACCCUACACGUUGACAGCCAUAUUCCGAAUGUGUUCACACAUUCUUCAACUGCAAAAAGAAGAUUUGACAGGGUAUCUUUAAUGAAGGUUGGUGGAAACAAGGACGCCGAUGGUAACAUCAUCGACUACUUCAAUGGAAUUAUUGCUGGUGUAUAUUAUAACGGAUACCGUGUUCUUGAUAAGGCUGUGGCAGGUGAAACUUUAAUGAGUGGAGAUAUCCGCCAAGCUGCUCAUCUCUUUCACCUUCCAAAACCAACUCCACCAGUAGGACCAGUUGGUGGAGUCGGACCGGGUGUUGGUGGAGCUGGUGUUGGAUGGAAGAGUUCACCAGAUGGAACAGUAAUAGAAGUUGGACUACAUCCAAGUGGUGGAGGUGGUGGAGGAAUGGUUGGUGCGGGAGUUGGACCUGUAGUUGGUGCAGCUGUAGCAGGAGCUGGAGGCGCAACUGGCGCUGGCUGGAUCGGUCCUCGAGCUUGGGUUGCUGCUGGUGUAAUAUGUGGUAUAUUAUUGAUUGCAUCUACACUAAUCUGGGCUUUCUACAAAUGUAAACCUGGAUGGUGUUUGUGUGGUAAAGCUGGUGGUGCAGCUGGAGGAGCAGGAGGUGCAAUGUCCAUAUCUGGACCCAAAGCUGCUGGGGCAGGUGCGGGUUACUCACUCAUUAAGGCUGAGGCCAAUGGUGGAGCAGGUUCGGGGGCUGGAGCAGGAGCAGGCGCAGGGGCAAGUGCAGGGGCUGGCGCUGGUGUUGGAGUGAAAGGCGGUGCUAUGGCAUCCAAUGGAACUAUUAUAUCAGGAGGAGGAGGAACUGCGACUACAUCCUUCAAUCAGUAUUUCACUUCAAUGAAUUCAACCAGCGCAGUAACAGGAGGUGCAGGCGCUGGGGCUGCUGCCGGGGCUGGAGCGGGUAGAGCUGCUGCCAUAAGUAUGUACGACGGUGGUUCUGGUGCUAAUGCUACUGAGACAACAGCUCUUAUGUCAGAUACAUCUAAUUUGAACUCCUCAAGUUUCGAAACCAGUUCAAGUGUUGUGGAUGGUAGAGCAGCAGGCUAUAGUGAUGCUCAAUCUACCUUGUUAGUUGGUGGAGGUGGAAGUCCUGGUAUGGUUGCUGGAGGGGCAGGAUAUGGAGGUGGCUUGGCCACUACUACCACUACUGUUGAGGAGACAACAACAACAAAUAUCAUUGGAGGAGGUGGUUAUAAUGCUGGAGGCUACAACACAAUGGGAGCGUCUUAUGCACCAUCAGUCUCCGACAGUUUGGUGUCAUCCAACCUGUCUAAUGUCGAUACAAGGGCAGCUACUAUGGAUAACAGAUUAAACCAACAAUCAAACAACUAUCUCUCAUCAUCAUACAAUGCAUCUUAUGAAUCACAAAAUAUACAGAAUAAUAGCUAUGCUGCAAAUACAGGGACCAUGGCUAGUGGAGUUGGAACAAUGAGUCGCACAGAACUCCUUGGCUUCCCAGUAACCCACAUACCGGUAACAAUACCAAUGUGGGCCGAGGGAGAAGGCCUUAAAGUCGAUACUUUUAAAAUUACUGCAUCUGGGAAUACAGUUGUGACAGGAUCCAGUGUUGGACCUCCUCAAGUAUUUGACAUGCGAAAUGGCGAGCUUGUGCGUAUUAUGAAAGGUGAUGAUGAAUUAGGGUCCACUGAUCUCCACCUGGGUUGUCAAGACACUCUUCUUGUUGGCCAAGUAGAGUCAGACGGUAUCAUUGCUGACUCCAAGGUACCAGCUAGAAGAUUACAGAUAUGGGACUUUGAAACUGGUUUGCCUAUGCAAAUGCCAACAGACGAGUUUUGUUCUGCAACGUGCCUGAUGAGUGAUGGUGAGCGAAUGGUUUUUGGCCGCACAGAACAAUUUGGAAAAAGCACCGUUAUAAAGGUCUGGGACCUUUUGGGUAAUGAACCUCUUAAGGAGAUGAGAUAUGAUGACUCGAUCGGCUUCGCUGAUUCCAUUUCCUAUCUUGCGUUAUCUCGUGAUGAUCGCUACGCUAUUGCAGGGUUCAACAAUACAUUUGACGGCAAUGCAAAUUUCGUUGUAUUUGACCUUGACCUCGAGCAUUAUCAAGUGAUUGAACCGAAGAUAUUAGCGUUAGCAGCAGAUCCCCAAUGCACAGCCGUCAUAGGCAACCAUGAAGCAGUAACUGGAACAAAGAUUGGCGAACUUGUGGUGUGGAGUCUGAAGACUGGAAAACCUUUACGACAACUAUCGCCAUGUGGUCCUGGUACAUUAAUGAGAGGAAGUACCGCAAUAAGUGAAGCUCAUACCAGAGAAGUGAAGGCUGUGUGUGCUUCCGUUGACGGCAGGUACCUUGCGUCUGCUUCAUCAGAUGGUACAAUCAAAGUAUGGGAUCUUCGUCGUGAGAAACAGAUAAACACCCUUGUAGGCCAUCAGGAUGAGGUGUGGUGCACGACGAUUUCUGCCGACAACGAGAUUAUCGUAUCUGGGUCGCAGGACGGAUCUAUCAGGUUAUGGCGGCUGAAAACAGGAAAAGAGAUCUGCAACUACCACGCCGCAGUUGAUGUGUUUAGCGUCAAAAUUAGCAACGACAAUAAGACAAUUGUAGCCCUCGGUGAUAAAUAUUCGCAGAGGAAACUUAUAAUGUUACAAGUCGUGCAUUCAAGACAAGAAAAACACCGGCUAGUUAGUAAAUAGAUUUAUUCUAACAGAUGUGAACUGUAGAUAUGCCAAAUCAUCAAAUGAAUCCAUGUUUCAACUUAAUAAAAAUUUAACCCGCGACAAAAUGAAAGUUGGGUGGAUGCCUCUAAAAUAUGCCUAUAAUAUUGUUUAUGGUGCUAGCUAGUGAGUGUGUAAGAAACACGUGUACAAUAUUGUAUAUAUAUAUAAAUAUCACGAUGUAACUUAUAUAUUUCGCAAUCUUUAUAUUCAAUUAGGGCACAUGAUAUAGUUGCUGUUGCUAACAAUAUACUUAUUAUUGGCAAUUUUAUAUAAUUAUAUUUAUACUGCUGUUUUAUAUUAAACAAACUGUGCAUAUCUUUAUGUUUUGUGCAGUCCGCUUACAGACAGAAGGGUCUUUGAUUACAAUUUUACAAGUAGGAAAGUAGCCUAUGAUGUUACAAAGGUAGACACAUUAUCGAUGUUAUUGAAUGCUUCUAUUAACAAUCAUGAAAUGUAGCUUUAUUAAAUAGCACUCUGGAUUAAUAUUUGAAGGGACGAGAGGGGAUACAGACGAGUUGAGAAUAAAUUUCGAAAAAUUGUAAGAUCAACAGAUCUGAUUUUAACUUAUGUAAAGAUUGUUUCUAACAUUUUAUACGCUCUAUCCCUUUUUAUUCCGUUUGUCCGUUUUGGAUUGUAAUCAAAUCAACUUUGCCCCAAGUCACACAUACAACGUGAGCCAUCUUUCACUCGUACAGAAUCUCAUUAAAUGUGCAAAUGCUUCCACUGCCAGCUAUGGCGGUAGCCUUAAUUUCGUGAAUGUGUUGAGAGGUGUACAGUAUAAAGCACCUUUAUUGGAAAAUAUGCUCAAUUCGAGGCAUUUCGUCUGUGCAGUAGACUAAAUGUGAGAAUGAGGAAAAUCGACGACGCUUUUUGGCACACUUGUUCAUAAUUUGGGUUCGAUCGCGAAUGAAUGAACUGAGGCUGUAAAGAUGCUACGUUUUUUAUAUUACCAACUUCAAAUAAUGUAUAUAUUAUUAAAACACUGUUUAUUACACGUAUAUGUAUCUAUUAUAUAAAUUGAAUAUACUUAUAUAUAGUCUUAGUUGACGGAAUUAGAUGUUAGCUUAUAGUAAGUACUACGUAGUGGUAAAUUGUGAUAUCAUAUGCUCGUGUUCUUCGAUGAGAGCCAAUGUGAAAAUUCAAAUUAUAAUUUACCAAGAGACGUGUAUCUAAAAUGACACAUAACAGUUCUAAACUUCUAAAUUCUCAAUCACUUAUUUUAUAUGAUUUUUGACAAUUUCAAAGAUAAAUUUUGGACAGAUUUACUUGUAAAUGUUUUAGAAAGAUGUUAAAACGAUAUCAAAAUGCUAAAACAUCUUAAAACUUGAAAACUUGAUACGAUAAAACGUAUAUCGUUCAACUUAUUUUUUGUCUUAGACACGUUUUUAAUAUCACGACUGUUGGUUUUGCUGCAUCUUCCGCUUUUUGAAGUGUUCACGAAGCAUAAUGCAUAUGUGACAGACACUCUGAGUGUGAAAACCCAAAUUCCCUCAUUGGACUACAGAUCAUUGGACAAUACGAUGUAUUUCCAUUCCCUCUACUAGCCAUAUUAUGUCUUAACACGUUUUAUAGAUGAAAUGCGAACAUUCUUAACACUAGUUCAAUGAGGAAAUUCUGGUUGUCGAAUUUAGAGGGAGUGUACAUAUUUAGAAAAGUAUCAAUGUAAACUGUGCAAUGUACACACCACAAUACAAAGCUUGUCAUGUUAAUUUAUAUGAAAUAAAUUUUGUUGGUAAAAUUAUUAUUUUUAAAUAA